GGUUUAAAACCAGGCCGUGAGGCCCGGGGAGGAAGCGCCGCAAAUACCCGCCCAUGCACGUGACGUCAAGUUUUUGGGCUCUUCCUCCUAGUGAUGAAGUCUCGGUUUCCUUGUCCAUUUUCUUGUGGGAAGGAGAGCCUUUGGCUCCACUUUAAGGUGGGGGCCCCAGUGCGGCUGCUCCAGCCAUGUGGCCCCGUGCGCAAGUCAAUUCUCCCUGCGGCCGGCCCAAUUUUCCCCUUGCGGAUGGGCCUUUUUUUUUUGCUUAUGGGCAGGCCUUAUUUCCCUAUAGGGACCCUUUCUGGCCCUACGGACUGGCCCUCUCACUGCGACCAGGCAUCAGGCACAGGCGCGCCGUUUGCAGCCGGUGUCGAUUAUGGCAGAGCACACCACAAGAGCUGGUGCUCCCAAAACUUGCAGGUCCGUAUUGAAUUCCCAAAAAAGAGGAACAGUGAAAAUGUCACCGGAAUCUGCUGGGUAUUAGACAUGCACUCACAGCACACUUGGGUCCCAUGGUCGCCUCGACUGUGGCCCGGCACCCUUGAUUUUCGGUUUUCGAAUACUUUGUAUCGGUGAAGAACCAUUGGGCUUCGGCUUCCUUCCACAAGGCCUUUUCCGGCCUCACAACACCUCCGGUUCUACGCACCGCUCCACACCUACCGUUUAAAACACGAGCUCAAUAGUGCAAUAUUGCCUCUGCAUGGGAACCUUCACGCUCAGCG